UUUCACAGCUGUCAAUGAGGUGACAAACAGAGCCCCCUUUGUGCGUGCUUCUAUUUCCAUAAGGUAAUGCAAAUUUUUAUGCUUCAAUACACGCGACCGUCGUGGAAUAUUUACAACUACUGACCGCCCAGUCUGGGUACAGAAAACACAAAAAAGACGUCGAGAGAGGACACGUACGUUUGGAGACACUCCCACACAAGGUGAAUAAUUCUAGGACCCCAGUCAUCGUUCCCACGUAUACCAUAAAGCCCAAGGAAGUUAUCAUUUGUUUCCAGGAAACGCUUGCUUGCACUGUUACAACAUGGUGUCUCCAUCGGUCGCCAAAAUAAUCAUCGCUGCGAUCACAUCUAGCAUGUGGAUCUGGAUGCAAACUUACGUGAAGGUUCAAGUUGCUUUGCACGGACAAUCGAUACUUAUUCCUAAAAACCGGACAGAACCACCAGACCUAACGAACGACACGUAUGGAAGGCACGCAUACUCAAAUCUUACCAACAUCACCAUGCAUUACGUGACCAAAGGUUGCGAAGAUGUCCGAGCAGACCGUCCUAUGCUUCUGAUGCUGCACGGAUUCUUGGAUUUCUGGUUCAUAUGGAAUAGACAGAUAGCUACGCUUGGGGAGCAAUUCUGCAUUGUGGCUCCAGAUUUGCGUGGCUACGGCCUCACAACGAAGCCUCAAAAUCCAGAAGACUACCUGAUGACAAAGCUUAUCGAUGACAUAAAGGAGUUUAUCGAAGAACUAAAUGUUAUCAUGAAAAGGGACAUUGUCAUUGUAGGACACGGCUGGGGAGGAAUGAUUGCUUUCUGCUUCGCAACAAUGCAUGAAAAGUUAAUAGAAGGACUCGUCAUCAUCAAUGGAAUGCAUCCAAUGGCCUUCUACAAGCAAUAUUACCAAAAUGAAGAGCAAAUAAAGAAAAGUUGGUUCAUAGAGCCAUUCAAACACGCAGAUAUUCCUGAGAAAUACAUCAUGAUGAAUGACUUCAAGCACUUCGACAAGAUGCACAAGGGAUUCACCUCGGAAGAAGAAGAGGUGCACAAGUAUAUGUUCUCGAAAAACGGCUCCCUGACUGCAGCACUGAACUACUACCGAGCCUUUCUGGGUGAUAAAGACCAGCUGAAAAAACUGCCCUACCGCAAGAUUAAUGUCACCACAGUUAUCCUUUGGGCCGAGAAAGACCAAUUUCUCACGAAGCCCAUAGCAAAGUACAACCAAGAAUGGCUUAAAAAUUCAAAGAUAGUGUACUACACGAAGGCCGACCAUUGGGUGAUGCGACAAUGCCCCGACGAGGUGAACGAGCACAUCAGUAACUUCGCAAUGGACGAAUGGCAGGAUGUAGUAGUGCAGGAGAGAAGUCUUAGUCUUAGUAAACAUCCUUGGGAAGCGCGUCCAAAGAACGGUCCGUGUUCAGUGUUUAUGGAGGGGGUCAAAAAGCGAAGGCGGCAUUCGUAUGGCUUCCUUCCAAUGUUUGGAUUCAUUCCUGAAUUCUUAUAGGUAUUAAGCCGUGUGACUAUUUCCGCCUGCUGUGUUGCUUUCAAUUACUGAAAUAAAGAUUUCUUGACUUGGUUA